CCUCAUGACAGACACUCUCGGUCUCCCUCCCUCAUGCACACACACAGUCACUGUAAAGGGUUCCUCUAAUUCGGCAAUGCCUGAUGCUGGAUGCUCUUAGACGCAUCCGCCUCACCGACGGCUCCGCUGCCUCCGAAAGGGAUUUCAUUAUUUGACUCAUACAAGCUCCUCAUGGCUACAUCGGACGGAAUAGACAAAUGUCUUCUGCACAGAGGCAGAUCUCAAAGUGACCCGAACAUCCUCAGCGAGUCUGGCAUCGAUCUCUCGCACGGCGCAGAUGUGAUGGAGCAGCAGAAGGUGCUGCGCUCCAGCUGUUUAGUGAGUGCAGUCCACACUCCUCCUAUCCGCCGCCAUAGCAAACUGGCAACAUUGGGACGCAUCUUCAGGCCAUGGAAAUGGAGGAAAAAGAAAAACGAGAAGCUGAAACAGAGCUCUACAGAUGUGGCCUUGGCCUGUGGACUUCACUCUCCAGACCCCUGCGGCCCCAUCCAGGGCCUCUCCGAUUCUGAGAUCCGCCUGCCCGGCUCUCAGGGGCCCAUCCUCAGCAUCAGUAGCAUGGAGUACCUCAGCUCAGAGCAAGACAAUCUCCCUUGCAUGGUAGAUUCCUUACAGGACAACGAGCCGACAGAAGAGCCAAACUCAAAUGAAGAAGAGGAGGACGAGGAGGAGGCCAUUCCCUCUGUGAAUGAGAACGAAGACGUCGAGGAAGAUGAAGAAGACCAAGAGGAAGAUGAAGAGGAUGAAGAGCAGGAGCAGUCUCCUCCAAACAGCCACGGCAAUCUGGUCUCUCAGCUCAGCACUGAGGAAGACGCAGGUAAAGUUGUCAUCGCAUCAGUGCCUCAGUCAAACUCUUUUCUCCAGAAAGAACUGCCUAGAGUCCCUGACGGCCCCAGUCCUGUGGUUCUAAGAGGGCCGUUUUCUGGCUCGCCACACGUAGGUAGCAUACAUCCACCGCUGCCCCCUAGCUGUAUAAUAGAGGAACUGCACCGAGCACUGGCAACAAAGCUCAGGCAGGACAGCAUCGAGCGUGAGCUGAGCGGAGACGGCGAGAGCAGAAAGGAAGCAGAGGAAAACAAGGAAAACGUUCGACAGGAUCACUGCUUCACUGAUGCUUCAGGAAUCAUCUAUGAUAUCGACAGCUGGAACGACUCUGUCAUUUCUGGCACAUUGCCAAGGAGGAUGAGGAAGGAGCUGCUGGCCGUGAAGCUGCGGAAUCGGCCCAGCAAACAGGAGCUGGAGGACAGGAACAUAUUUCCAGCACGGAGUGACCAGGAGAGACAGGAGAUCCGUCAGCAGAUCGAAAUGAAGCUCGCCAAGAGACUCAGUCAGCGGCCGGCCGUUGAAGAGCUGGAGAGCAGAAACAUUUUAAAACAGAGGAACGAUCAGACGGAGCAGGAGGAGAGAAGAGAGAUCAAACAGAGACUCAACAGAAAGUUGAACCAGAGGCCAACUGUUGAUGAACUAAGGGAAAGAAAGAUCCUGAUUCGCUUCAGUGACUAUGUGGAGGUGGCCAAAGCCCAGGAUUAUGACAGAAGAGCUGACAAACCCUGGACCAGACUGUCUGCAGCUGACAAGGCGGCCAUCCGUAAAGAGCUGAACGAGUUCAAAAGCACUGAGAUGGAGGUCCAUGCUUCAAGCAAACAUCUAACGAGGUUUCACAGGCCCUAAGAGGGGGUUUUCUUCUGUGAAGAAAAUGCUGUAAGUGGCGUUCAUGUUAAACUCCUGGAGGAGCCUCUUCCAGAGUCGUGGCUUCGUCCAUGGGAUUCCCUUAUUCUUCCAGCGCCAUGGGCCAAGUGCUGUUUGGAUGUGGUUACGCCGAGAGCUACGUCUCUACCGCGGGCCGCCCCAGGACCAAACCUGAAGAACAUCUGCGGAUACAUUUAACUUGAGGCUGACAGGAGUGGAGUGGCAGAGGACUUUCUGAUGUUUUUAAACUGGACUGCAUUUCAGUGACUGCUAAGAAAAGAGUAAAUGAAUCAGUUCUGGAUAAAUGUUUGUGUACAUGUAACCAGCUCCACUCUGAAAAAUAAGUAAAAAAAAAAGGAAGAAAAACAAAUAAAUAAACAAAAAAACAAACAAAAAAAAAA